UCAACUUUACAUGGUGAAACUUAUUACAAACCAUGCUUACACAAUUUCUAAAAGUUCCUGUUUGUACUUCCUUAAUACGAGUUCCUCUCUUUACUUCUUCCUUUCUGAAAAAGGAGGCGGAAAAGGAAGGUCAUCCUCUUGAGUAUGUGACCAGCACAUGCAGAGAUGGGCCCUGUGAGCACAAGCAACACUGGCCUCCGGCUAGGAAUCAGCCUCAUCCUGUUUCAUGUUGGUGUGGUGGGCACCUGUACCGUCUCUGUACUGCAGCCAGACUACCUAGAGGUAGACUACACUUCUAAAGCUAUCACCAUGGAGUGUACCUUUUCCACAAUUGGAUGUCCUUCAAAGCAACCAAGAAGCCUGUGGUUUCGCUGUGGCACUCAUCAGCCUGAGGUUCUGUGUUUGGAUGGAUGCAAAAAUGAGGCAGACAAGUUCACAGUGAAGGAAACCCUGGACCAGAACCGAGUCUCCCUCACUGUCAACAGGGUGUCUCCAAAUGACAGUGCAGUGUACAUCUGUGGAAUAGCAUUUCCCCAUGAAGUGACACCACGCGCUAAACAGAUUGGAAACGGGACUACACUGGUAGUAAGAGACAGACUUCUCAGCAGGCAGGUGAACAGUCUCCUGAUAGUGCUUUUAGCACUGCUCUCUCUCUACGUCACCGGGGUGUGUGUGAUCUUCAUAGUCCUCUUCAAAUCAAAAUGUAACAGUCCAAGAAGCAGGAAAACCAAAGAAGACUCACAAAAGAAGAGUGCUCGGCGUAUCUUUCGGGAAAUUGCUCAAGAAUUAUACCAUAAGAGACACGUAGAAACAAGUCAACCAACUGAGAGAGAUGACACCUACGAAAACAGAAGAGCACUCCCCAGCACGGGAAGACCGUAGAUGUACUCACUUCUAAACCACUGACAGUGGGACUCCAGCAGCUAGGGCCGUGUGAACGAAUCAAACCAAUCAAAACGACACUGACGAGAGCUGGGAGGAAGCUCGGGUGGCAGAGUGCUUGCCUCAUAGGCUCAAGGCCCUGGGUUUGAUUCACAGCACCACAUCAACUCAGAAAGUGACACAAGCCUGUAAUCCCAACACUGGAAAGGUGGCAUAAGGAAGGUCAGAAGCUCAAGGUGACCCGUGAGUAUAGCACAAAUCUAAGGUCAGAGAUACAUGUUAUCCUGUGUCAAAAACAACAACCACCACCAGAAAAAGAAAAAAAAAAAAAAAGAAAAAAAGAAAAGAGAUAGGACAAAUGGAGCAGACAGCAGCCACACCAGAAGGCUGAGCAUAAGUAGCUGUUACUAACAGUAACUACAAAAUAUGAAAAUCUCAAGAAAAUCCAACUGGAGGACAUUUCUCUAAUUUUCCAGGAACAGUCUAAGGAGCCUGAUUUAAAAAAAAAUCUUACUUGUCGUUUAAAAUUGUUAUCAUGUGUAUCCUAUCAGUUCACCCCAUGAAUUAAACAUGUGAGGCCAAUAACAAGGAGAAGGCUUAAAGUCAACCCACAAUCUCAAGUCUCAGGAAGAGUAAGGAUCUUCCUGAGUUAUGUAAAUGAGGAAACAAUUAGAAUCAAGUGAGAGGGGCAAAAGGAGUGAGAGAGAAGAAGGCCAAGUUUUGAGUAAGAGAAACAUUGUAAAAAGUAUCUUGGAACAAAAACGUGUUUCUUCUGAUACUAUAAUGGAGCGCUGGGAAGUGCACAUUGUCCUGCUGAGGUGUAUAAACAACUUAGGGUGUGCUCCAACAAAAUCAAGACUGCAAGAGACUACAGGAAGAAUACUAACAGAGAAACCCAAGGCAGCUCAGAAAAUGCCUCAGAACAAAUGCAUACAACUCGCUCUAGGUGUCAGUGCGCUGCCGAAGAACUUCCAACGGAGGGAGGCCAGGGGCACGCACUUUUAGGGCCCGAUACAGCAAGGUCCUAACUGUCUCACUAAGAGGUGACACUAGCAAGGCAUGAUGGCGCAUGCCUUUCAAUUCCAGCACUUGGGAGGCAGAGGCAGGUGGAUCUCUGUGAGUUUGAGGCCAGGAUGGUCUAGAGAGCACCUUCUAGGACAGCCAGGGCUGUUUACCAAGAGAAACACUAUCUCAGAAAAGCCAAAAAAAAAAAAAAAAAAGAGGGUGUGACCUGGAUUGUUCUUUGAAUAUCAACAAGCACACACUGCUCACUAACAAUCAUAGUGUAUUAUCUCAGUACAGUCGCUUCUAAACAGGUACUAAAUGGCACACAUUCUUCUUAAAACACUGAUACAAUCUUCACAUACUUCAAAGUCUCUUUGGAAGAGCGUGACAAUGGUGGCUCAAAUCAGUGCUAUCCUGAUAACCUGUGUCCCAAAAACUGGAGAGGAAGGAGCAGUAAGCUCAUUUUAUUUGUACACAUGUAUACACACACAGGGACACAUGUACUGUGUGUAGUAUAUACAUGUGCAUAUGUAUGUCUUCAAUUUAGACACGCAAAAGGAAUAAAACAGUGGCAUACCUAGCAGUA